AUCUCUGCCACUUCUAAAAAGUUUACAUAAAAGCUGGAAUUGUGUGUGUAGUGAAUUAUAAAGGCGAUGGCCGUAUGAAUAAAAACUAAUUGCCUUUUCCUAAAAUUUCAAAGCACAGUAUUAAAUUUAUCAUAAAACGUCAAGUGUUUUAAAAUUUCGUUAAUCCAGUGAAUAAGGAACUCCAAUAAAUUUUAGCUUUUAGCCGUAAUGGAGUUACCAGCUGAUAAAAAUAUUGAUGUAGAUUCCUGCAACGAAUCUGAUGAUGGAAGAAAGGACUCUGAAAACGCCAAAAUGAUACCAUUCGGUUGUAUGGGCGCUUUGUUCCGACGUCAAUUUUUGCAAGAAAUGGUAAAAAACCUUCCUAAACCCAUACAAAACAGAGUAACUGCUUUGAAAAACAUUCAACUCGAACACUUGAAAUUGGAAGCAGAAUUCUUCGAAGAACUUUAUAAACUAGAACGGAAAUAUCAAGAGAAAUAUCAACCGCUUUUUGACCGUAGGAAAGAAAUUGUUACUGGAGAUGUGGAACCUACAGAGCAAAAACCGCAAUGGAAAUCAGAAGACGUCGAGGAUGUAGAAACGUCACCUGAAUUUCAGGAUAUGAUAAAGAAAGUAAGGGAAAUUCCUGAAGAUACGAAAGGUAUUCCAAACUUUUGGUUUACAAUAUUUCGAAAUACUGAAUUGCUUGGUGAUAUGCUUCAGGAACAUGAUGAACCUGUUCUAAAAAAACUAAAUGAUAUAAAAAUUAAGUACGACGAUGAGCAUUCCUAUACACUGGAGUUCUAUUUUGAUAAAAAUGAGUACUUUUCGAAUGAAGUUCUCACGAAGCAAUACUUCUUGAAAGCAAUGGUUGAUGAAGACAAUCCAUUCGGCUUUGAAGGACCCGAAAUUUACAAGUGCAAGGGAUGUCCGAUUAAUUGGGAAAAGAAAAUGAAUCUCACCAUCAAAACAAUUAGAAAGAAACAAAAGCAUAAGGAACGAGGCACCGUCCGUAAUAUUGUUAAACAAGUACCGAACGACUCAUUUUUCAAUUUUUUCAAUCCUCCUGAAGUACCGGAAGAUAAGGACGAAAUGGAUGAAGAAACUCAAGGGAUUUUAGCAACAGACUUUGAAAUAGGUCAUUUCCUGAGGGCUAGAAUCAUUCCUAAAGCUAUACUUUAUUACACCGGAGAUAUUAUUGAUGAUGAAGAUGAUGAUGAUGGGGAAUACGAUGAUGAUGGUGAAGAUGAUGAGGAAGAUGAGUCUGAUGACGAAACGGUUGAGAAAGAAAAACGCAUUAAAUCAAUAGAUGAUUGUAAAAAUCAAUAAGAGAUGUUGACAACUACUUGCAUUAAAUCAUUAAAAUUCGAAAUUAAUUUUUUGUAAGAAUUUUGUAAAUGAAGCUCUAAGCGCAAUUAUUAUUAACAAUUGAACUUUGAAACUUC